UCAUAUUCAUCACAAACCAUAACACUUGCUCAUAUAUGCAUCUCUCUCUCUCUACCUCAAGAACAACAAAACAAAGAGAGAGAAGCCAAAAGGAGGAGGAGGAGGAGCAAAGCUACCAUCUUUGUUUGCAUGUUAUGGUGAUCAACCUCUCUUCUCCUCCAACCUUGUUAUUGCUAUGGUGUGUUGCCUUCCUUGUCGUGGCCGGCGAUGGCGGUGCCGCGGUGGCGGAGGCGGCAUUGGAUGCUCAGGCGACGUAUCUGUCCCAGAUGAAGCAGGAGUUCGCCGGCCCGGCCAUGGCGAGGUGGGACUUCUCGGCGCCGGCCGUGGACUACUGCAGGUUCCAAGGUAUUGGCUGUGAUGGCUCCGGCAACGUCACGGCCAUCGACGUCACGUCGUGGAGGCUGAGCGGCAGGCUCCCCGCCGGCGUCUGCGCGGCGCUCCCGGCGCUCCGGGAGGUCCGGCUCGGCUACAACGACAUCCGCGGCGGCUUCCCCGCCGGCCUCCUCAACUGCACGUCGCUGGAGGUGCUCAACCUCAGCUACGCCGGCGUGUCGGGCGCCGUGCCGGACCUGUCGCCGAUGCGGGCGCUCAAGGUGCUCGACAUGUCGGACAACUACUUCUCCGGCGCCUUCCCGACGUCGAUCGCCAACGUCACCACGCUGGAGGUGAUCAACUUCAACGAGAAUCCCGGCUUCGACAUCUGGCGGCCGCCGGAGUCCUUGACGGCGCUGACGGGCCUCCGAGUGCUCAUCCUAUCGACGUCGUCCAUGCGCGGUGGCAUCCCGGCGUGGCUCGGCAACAUGACGUCGCUCACCGACCUCGAGCUCAGCGGCAACUUCCUCACCGGCCGCAUCCCGCUCUCGCUGGCGCGCCUCCCCAACCUGCAGCUGCUCGAGCUCUACUACAACCAGCUGGUGGGCGUCGUCCCCGCGGAGCUCGGCAACCUGACGCAGCUCACCGACAUCGACCUCUCCGAGAACCAGCUCACCGGCGGCAUCCCGGAGUCGCUCUGCAGGCUGCCGCGCCUCCGCGUUCUCCAGAUGUACACGAACAAGCUUACCGGCGUCAUCCCGGCCGUGCUCGGCAACUCGACGCAGCUCCGCAUCCUUUCGGUGUACCGCAACCAGCUGACCGGCGAGCUCCCCGGCGACCUCGGCCGGUACUCCGGCUUCAACGUGCUGGAGGUGUCGGAGAACCAGCUGACCGGCUCGCUGCCGCCGUACGCCUGCUCCAACGGCCAGCUGCAGUACAUCCUCGUGCUCAGCAACCUCUUCACCGGCGCCAUCCCGGAGUCGUACGCCGCGUGCCGGCCGCUGCUCCGGUUCCGCGUCAGCAACAACCACCUCGAGGGCGACGUCCCGGCGGGCAUCUUCGCGCUGCCGCACGCGUCCAUCAUUGACCUGUCCUACAACCACCUCACCGGGCCGGUUCCGGCCACGGUGGCCGGCGCCACCAACCUGACGUCGCUGUUCGCGUCGAACAACCGGAUGUCCGGCGUGCUGCCGCCGGAGAUCGCCGGCGCGACGACCCUCGUCAAGAUUGACCUGAGCAACAACCAGAUCGGCGGGCCGAUCCCGGAGGCGGUGGGGCGGCUGAGCCGGCUGAACCAGCUGUCGCUGCAGGGCAACCGGCUGAACGGCUCCAUCCCAGCAACGCUCGCCGACCUGCGCAGCCUGAACGUGCUGAACCUGUCGAACAACGCGCUCGCCGGCGAGAUCCCGGAGUCGCUGUGCACGCUGCUGCCCAACUCGCUCGACUUCUCCAACAACAACCUGUCGGGAGCCGUGCCGCUGCAGCUGAUCAGGGAGGGGCUGCUGGAGAGCGUCGCCGGCAACCCGGGGCUGUGCGUGGCGUUCCGGCUGAACCUGACCGACCCGGCGCUGCCGCUGUGCCCGAAGCCGGGGCGGCUGCGGAUGCGCGGGCUGGCCGGGAGCGCGUGGGUCGUGGCGGUGUGCGCGCUGGUGUGCGUGGUGGCGACGCUGGUGCUGGCGAGGCGGUGGGUGCUGCGGGCGCGGCAGGACGCGGAGCACGACGGGGUCCCGACGUCGCCGGCGUCGAGCUCGUCCUACGACGUGACGAGCUUCCACAAGCUGAGCUUCGAGCAGCACGAGAUCGUGGAGGCGCUGAUCGACAAGAACAUCGUGGGCCACGGCGGGUCCGGGACGGUGUACAAGAUCGAGCUGAGCAACGGCGAGCUGGUGGCCGUGAAGAAGCUGUGGGUGUCGCGGCGGUCGAAGCAGGAGCAGCACAAUGGCGGCGGCGGCGGGUGCCUCGACCGCGAGCUGCGCACCGAGGUGGAGACGCUGGGCAGCAUCCGGCACAAGAACAUCGUGAAGCUCUACUGCUGCUACUCCGGCGCCGACAGCAACCUGCUGGUGUACGAGUACAUGCCCAACGGCAACCUGUGGGACGCGCUCCACGGCGGCGGGUGGGGCUUCGGCUUCCUCGACUGGCCGACGCGCCACCGCGUGGCCCUCGGCGUCGCCCAGGGCCUCGCCUACCUCCACCACGACCUCCUCUUCCCCAUCGUCCACCGCGACAUCAAGUCCUCCAACAUCCUCCUCGACGCCGACUUCGAGCCCAAGGUCGCCGACUUCGGCAUCGCCAAGGUCCUCCAGGCCCGCGGCGACCGCGACGCCUCCACCACCACCAUCGCCGGCACCUACGGCUACCUCGCCCCAGAGUACGCCUACUCGUCCAAGGCGACGACCAAGUGCGACGUGUACAGCUUCGGGGUGGUGCUGAUGGAGCUCGCCACGGGGAAGAAGCCGAUCGAGCCGGAGUUCGGCGAGACGAGGGACAUCGUGCAGUGGGUGUCCGGCAAGGUGGGCGCCGGAGCCGAGGCCGACGCCCUGGACAAGCGCCUGGAGUGGAGCCCCUUCAAGGAGGAGAUGGUGCAGGCGGUCCGCGUGGCCGUCCGCUGCACCUGCAGCAUCCCCGCCCUCCGCCCCACCAUGGGCGACGUCGUCCAGAUGCUCGCCGAGGCCGGCCGCACCGCCAACUACAAGGACCCCAAGCUCUAGAGCGCAUGCACGCAUCAAUCGACAUUAAUUGUUCAUGAUGAGCUAGCGAGCUCCCAUUAAUUAAUUAGGCAAAUAAUAUUAGUGUUAAUUAUGAUAUAAUUAGCUAGGGAGUAUAUAGUUAGAAAGAUAGAUAGAUAGAAUCAUCGAUCAUAAAGAGGCAAGUUGCAAAGAUUGUUCGCUCUUGCACUACGCGGGGUAUAUAUAUAUAUAUAGUAGAGUUCGAUCAGUAGCUUUUGGGUUUGUGUCUGUCACGUACCAUUCACAUAUACUGCUUGCUGUUCAAGCAGAAUCUGAUGCUCUCAGUGGAUGGACCAAUAUAAACAUAUAUAUGUAUUUAUGUAUACAUGGAUGCAAAUAUUUAUAUAUGCAUACUAGUGAUUU